UGGAGACCGUGUCAACAGCUAAAACGGCUCAAGCGCGGGAUAUUCAAGGACCGGUGAACGCCAAGUGUCAUACCAGGGAACUCCAAGUUCCAACACGGGUCAAAAUUUGCGUCUACGACGGCUGGAAUUAACCACAACACUGACCGCUUUGAGAUAAACGUUGCUGGCUCGAAAAGGGAAGAAGUUUGAGUGAUUUGCGCUGAGUAGAAGUGAGAGAGUGGUUAAUCUUGGUGCAUGACGCUAAGCGUAAGACAUUCAACUCUAUUACCUAACCGUACGCCUGACCGUGACGUAAUUAUUGACUUAUUCAAUCUGCCCGGUUGGGCGGUCGGAAAUUUCUCCAAACAGCUAGCGGGGUAACAUCAACAACACUCGACCACCUUCGAAUUUUCUCGUCCAGGGUUUGGAGAACUCUUGCAUACGGCAACGCGAGCGUUUAGAUUUGAAAUUCCUCCCCGUUCGUCGUAGAUUUUUCCUCUGCAAGAAACGCACGCUUUUUCUGGUUUGUUUUGAAACAGGGAACCGCGCACGCGCAUGCUCAACGCAGUAUCGGUAACGCGUUUGAGUGAUGGAGCGGUGUUAGGAGUUGUAGGAGAGACGCGAAUGGAGGGAAAGCUAAUCUGCUGAUAACGUCAUCUGAGGCAAGAAGGAGGGAUUCCUCUCCUUAGUUGCCUUGUAGCUAGAUGAGUAGUGGGGUUAGUUUGAAGGACAACUCGAGGACGCCACGGUGAUAUGCCAAAAUCUUUCCUUGUGAAAAAGCCCUCUCGCAACAAGAGGAAGGAGAGAUAUGAUGAUAAUGAAGAGUUAUCGGACGUUAUCGAGGAAGGAGAGCCGGACAGGAGUCCAGAAUCAAGCAUUACCGGCGAUGUGGCGAUUCAGUGUAACCUGGAAACCGGCGCAAACUCUCAAGUGCCCCGCGUCACUAAUGGCGGGAACCAACCGUCUGUUUUUCCCGCGCUUGACACACGCGGACUACACACGCUUGCGGAGCUGUGCCUGCGGCGGGCGGACUACGAGUUUUGUGCAAAGAACGUUAAUGUAGAUCACAGGGAUACCAACAGCAGCGAAUUGCAUGAAGCCGAACUAAACAAUGAUACUUUCAGAGAGCCUCGUAAAGUCCACGAAUCAAAGUUUAAACGGCGUGUUAGCGACAGCUUCGUAAGUUUAAGGCGAGAACAAGUCAAAGUUGAAGACAAGGAAACUGCAGAGGAAAAGUGUGAUGAUCUGAAGGAAAGAAAAAAGCAAGCAGCGAGACGAUCAGUUAAUACCAUGAAUGAAAAUAACUCAUCAAGACUUCACAAACUGGAAGAGGAACUGGAAAAGAUGUUGCAAGGCAAAGAAGAAAUUAUCGGACGUGAAAUCAGAGAGUUCAUGGAAAACAACAAGGCUUUGGAAAAAGAACUGAUUGAAGAGACCGGCGUGUCUCAAACAGAGAUCACGAAAUAUCUUCAAGAAAGUGUCCACUUGAAGGAAGACAAGCGAACAAAACUGUUCAGAUGGUAUCUUGAGAAAAAGCUUAGUAGAACAGAAUCAGAUGAUGAGAGCUAUACAUGUUACAAAUGCGGCAAGAUUUUCGCAUACGAGAGCUACCUGGAGCGUCAUGUGAAGUAUGUGUGUCCGGAUAAAACUGGCCGCACUUGGAAAUGCUCGUACUGCAGUAAAGCUUUCCAGUACCCUUGCUAUCUGAGGAGACACAUGAGAUCCCACACAGGCGAGAGUCCUUACAAGUGUACGCAAUGUUCGCGGGCGUUCGUUCGUUCAACUGACCUUCAAAGGCAUUUACGCAACCACACAGGAGAGAAACCGUACAAGUGUCAAGAAUGUUCUAGGGCAUUUGCACGCUCUACGGACCUGAAACGCCAUAUGCGCACGCACACAGGCGAGAAACCCUAUAAAUGUUGGCAGUGCUCUAAAGCGUUCUCUCAGUCAGGGAGUUUACAGACUCACUUACAUACACACUAUAAAGAGUCUCUGCAAAUGAAGGGAGUGAUACCCGACAAGACGAAAAGGACUUGAAAUUAAGGCUCGGAACUCGGAAUUGAAACUUCCAACACCAGAGAUAUGGGCGUCAAGAGUUCUUCAGGUAGCGAGAGAAAUACAAGGGAGUUUUCCGUUCUGGAAAAGCGUCGGAGAGGAUAAGAGUAAUUCUAUUUAAAUUAAGUGUAAGAUGAGAUUAUUGAUGCCAUUCAAAAUUAUGGGGAAAACGUGCACGGUCUGUUUAAAACAGGUGGGGACAUAAAGAGGCGUCUUCAUUUGAAUUGUGAAUGAUGAUGUUAACGCAAAAUUCUCUGUAUCAGAAAGAUAGAUGUUUUCGCUUAGCUUUGAGUCACCUUUAAAUGGAAUUAUUUGCUGCUAAAUGCACGUUUUAUCGAUUUGUGUCAAAUUAAGGAGAAUCAAGCUUGUUUUAAAUGAAGUACGAUGCGCUGGGUAAACCGUUAUGCUGAUAGGUUCACAAGAACGAUCAUUGAGUAGAAUGCCUGGUUGCAAAGUAAACAUUAAUGCCACAUUCAAAUAGAAAGGUUUUGAGUUUUUCUCAAGGGACCAUCAAUCUCAGUUGACUUCUCUGUUUGUUUGCUUUUUUAUUUCGCUUUUUUACGCGUUAAACGCCAAAGAUGGAGGCUAAAUAUGUAAAAAAAACUUUACUUAAAAAAUGUAUAUUUUCGAAAUUUUGCUAGGGUACAAUACUAAGUUUUGUGUAUAUGUUUGCUUGGGAAAACUGUUUUUAUUUGCUUUGCUUAACUUUUGAAGAAAGUAGCGAAUUCACGUGUACAGCUAUCGAAAAAAGGUUUUUACCAAAAUGUAAGGCGGCGCUGUUGCGGACCAUGAACAAGGACUUUACAUCAUAAUUGUAUGACCUCCCUGACGUGAGAUAAUCAUCACUUACAUGAAACUACCAUGUGAUUUUCAGAAUUGAGUGACGCUAAAUUCACAUAACUGCAUGAAGUUCUAACACACCAGGUUGAAUAUUGUCGAAGUGAGAGCAUUUUUAAACCGUUACAUUUAAGGUAGCUUCUAUGACUGGGUGUUAAAUAUAAAAUCCAAAUGUUCAGUUCAACAGCCGUUAAAAAGUCCUCGCUUUUGUAAGUAACAUCUUUGAAGAAACGUUCUUUGGCUAACGGUUGUAUUGUCUGUUUCAAGUUAUGCAAGUUUACAACAGAUCUUACAAAUAUACAAAUUAAAAUGGCUUUCUACAGUUUUCGUCAAGAUUCCUCGGGACUGUUGUGGAUAUUCCUUGUUAAAUAAAUCUGGAGUUUUAACAAAAAAAAAAUACUCGUCUAUUUCGUUGAACAUCGACUAAACGGCUUUUCGUUCUGUUUUUCAAAGUGUUCCAAGGACUUUUGUCGAAAUCGUAUGUAAUCUAAUGGCUCUUUCCCUCUGAGUUUAUUUUUUAACUUUCAUGUACAUAGCUCAAAUGAAACAUGGCAUUUACCUGUUUCUUACCUUGAUUCAGCGAUUUAAUUCAUUGUAUUAUAAUUAUAGCAUACAUGGGUGUAUAUUUUUCAUUUUAUGGUUCUAUUUAAUCUUUUAAAUUUAUCAUAGCUUGAUUUGAAAAUAGUAUGAAGUUUCUUUCAUGUAAUAACAACGAAUUUAUUUCCAUGAAAACAAAAUUAGGCAAUAUUAAAGAGUUCUUAUUGGAUCUAUAAGUUUGUUAUUCCAAUCCUUGACAAAGCCAGAUAAUUGUUGAUGCUCGGCUUCGAGUAUUGAUGUAUUAAUAAAGUUGGCCACUUACUUAAAAUUGUUCCAUUUUUCCGAUAUAUGUUAAUUCUAGAUAUGUCAAACGUAAGCAAGAUUUGUUUCUGCUUUGUUUCAAAAAGUAUUCGUUUAGCCGCAUCCUUACUACAUUAAAUAACUGUUUUCAUUAAA